CUCUCUCUCUCUCUCUCGCCUAAACUUCAAAAAAAAAAUUCAGAGGACGAAUCAAGCCUGAGAAGCUUCUUCAUCCCUGCAUAAUUUGAUUCUACAAAUCGAUCUCUCAUUCGUUUUGCCUUCGUAAAUUGAACCAAUCGUCGCCGAUUGAUUUAGUUCUCUCAUCCGAUUCCGAUCCAUCGUAGUGAUGAGAUUCGAAGACUUGAUUCCGCUGCGUAGUUUCCGAGACAAUUGUUGAUGGAAAGAGAAACGGAGCCAAGUUCGUCAAGAGGUGAUCGAGAAGAAGAUGUGAAGGUUAUCGAGUGGGAAGAAUUCGACAAUGAGCUCACUCGGUUAUGGAGUCUCUCUUCAGCUCUGAAGUUAGCCACAGAGAAGAAGAUGACCCUACAACCAAAACUCGAGUCUCUUAUUCAGCGGGCGGCUAAAUUUCGGGCAGGUUAGUGCUGAAUCACUGAGACGUACUAAUGAACUUGAAGAGAUGCGUCAGAGGCUGGAAGCAAAGAAAUUGAUGGUUGACAAGACGUCAGUUACUUGCAAAGUUACUGAGCAAGAUCUUAAAAAGAAAGAGGAUGAUCUCAGUGCUGAAGUUAGGUCUUUGCUAGUUGGUGGCACAACUCUUUCCAUCGCUAAAAGCAAAUUACAGGAAUCAAACUGCCAACUAGAAGGAGAGAGUGGUUAUGCUCAUCUAAAGACUGUAACGAAUAAGCUGAGAAAGAGGCAGCAGUACAUGGUAUCUCAAGUUUCAUUUAUCUACCCUUUGAAGAUCGAGGCUGGACCUUCGCAAGACCAAGAACUGGAAUCGUUUCCAGGUGGCAGUAGAUUAGUAGGAACUAAGCCUGUGAGUCAAGGAUCCGUGAGAAUUUUGGGGUUGCCUUUUAGUAUGGCCCCGUUUACAAAGAUGAGCUUCUUCACUGACAAGAAAGAAGUUCAGAAGUCAGCUACUGCCCUAGGAUAUGUAGCUCAUGUAUGUGUGUUCCAUUCUUUUUCCUCGCUACUUGAGAGUUCUAAAGGCUUCCUUGCUUGGAUUUUGCAGGCCGUGUCUCUGUUAGCUCCUUUCUUCGGAGUGCCUAUUCGUUAUCCUUUGCGCUUAGGUGGUUCCAAAACAUAUAUUCUGGACUAUGCGCCUUACAUCGAGCCUUCAGCUUCUGAUAUGUCUCCAGUUUCCACACUUUCCGAAAAUGCUAAAUUUGUAGAGUUCCCUCUGUUUCUGGAUGGUCAAGAUACAACUCGAGCUGCCUACGCUGUCUUCUUAUUAAACAAGAACAUCGAGCAGCUCCUGAAUUUUGUGGGAGAAAGUAGUCUAGGACCACGUCAGGUUCUAGCUAACCUCAAGGAGCUGAUCAGGAUCAUCCAGUCGCCAGAUUUUAUAUAUUCUUGAUGAUGACGAUGACGACAAAAUAAGGAUGAUGAUCGGAUAUUCAACACUGUUUUCUCCUCUUGUAGAUUGAUCCAUUACUUCUCAGUUCUAACACAGCUUCAAUGUCUCUUACAUCUUCUCAAGACAACACUUUGUGGAGGUUAAAAAAGGUCAGAUUAUUUAUUCGUUAGAGAAGUUUUAGACAUGGGCAUUCUCUUUAGGAUGAGACUCAUCUCUCUAGGUGUGAUGUUAUAGAAGUGGAGAAUAAACGAAAGCUUAGUCUAGUUUCUUAUAAGUUCUAACAGAUGUAUCACUUUUUUUGUUUUGUUUUUCCCCCUUUUUGUAUCAUUUGAAAUAUGUUUGAAUUUGUACUUUAUGAGCAUUUUUCAUGUGA